UCGCGCGCUCCGCCCUCGCCCUUCCGCGCCGGGCGGGCUCCGCCCGGGGCUCCGGGGCCCAUGGCCAAGCGGCGUGCGGCCGAGCCGCUGACGUUCCACGUGCCUUGGAAGCGGCUCCUGCUCUGCGACUUCCCCGAGGAGCCGCCGCCGCCGCUCUGGAUCCCGCCGCCGGGGGCCUCGCAUCCCGGGCAGCCCGUCGGCGUCCCGGAGCCGCCCCGAAAGCGCAAAAUCGACGCGGGGGCUAUGACUGAGGCUUCAGCUUCUCCCAGCAAGCGCCGCGACGGCGGGGACACCAGCGUUCCGGGCGGCGUGGAGCGUGAGGGCCAAGGCCUGGAGACGGGCGAGCCGCAGUUGCUGCAGCCUCCCGUGCGGCCCCGCGGGCCGGGGGAGGAGCCCCGGGGCGCCCGGCCCCCGAGGGGCGGUGGCGACGACGGGGCGGGGCGCACGGAGCCCCCACGGGGAGACUGGGGGGCCGCACCGCGCCAGCUCAAUGAAGAAUUCUGGCAGUAUAACACCUUCCAGUACUGGAGGAAUCCCCUGCCACCUAUCGAUCUGGCAGACCUCGAAGACGUCAGCGAAGGCAGCCUGCGGGAAGCGAGGCUUCAGGGCAAGAACGAAGUGGUUGAGAUCGACAUGGAGUCCUGACACAAGCACCUGAAGAAUAGGUCUUUCGGCUUCGGCCUUUGAGGCGAUCUCUCUUAA